AUGAAAGAGCCACCAAAGAUCACCAAGGAUAUCAUUACUCUCGGCGGAAAGAGCUAUCAGACUGACGCUUUCACGAAUGUGACUCCAACGAUCCUUGAAAAGACGACGCGUCAACUUCAUCUUAUUCCCAGUCAUCCAAUUGCCAUCAUCAAGGACCUAAUCUCCUCCGCAUUCCCAGAUUUCAAGCAUUAUCAAACAUUCUCGCCCGUCGUCAGCACUAAAGAGAAUUUUGACGACCUUUGCUUUGCUGAAGACCAUCCAGGACGUGCUGUCACGGAUACAUAUUACAUUAAUCAAAAGAUCAUGCUUCGGACUCAUACCUCAGCUCAUCAACUGCAGGUCCUGACUGAAGCUGAUAAAAUCCUUGUUACUGCAGAUGUCUACAGAAGAGAUGAGAUCGAUGCAAGCCAUUACCCUGUAUUCCACCAAAUGGAGGGUGCCCAGCUGUUUGAAACAAGGACAGUCGUAGAGGAUGUCCGCAAAGCCAUUGCACAGGAUUCCAUGGCAUCAUCUUCAACUAUUCAUACCACAGAUACGACAGUCAUUACCCCGGCGAACCCUAAGCAAGAAUGUCAUGAUGAAGCGGCGAUGCUCGCAACGGCUGAUCAUCUGAAGCAUUCGCUCAACAUGAUGGUUCGUAAGCUGUUCUCGCAUGAGAAAGAUUUGCAGGUGCGCUGGAUCGAUGCUCAGUUCCCAUUCACGAGCCCUAGUUGGGAGAUGGAGAUUCUGUAUCAGGGUAAAUGGCUUGAGGUCCUUGGAUGUGGUGUUAUCAGACAGGAUAUUUUAAUCAACGCAGGGAAGCCCGAUAAGAUUGGUUGGGCUUUUGGUUUGGGUCUUGAGCGUCUAGCGCUUGUGCUUUUUGGUAUUCCCGAUAUUCGCCUCUUCUGGUCGCAUGAUGAACGUUUCUUAAAACAGUUUGAACCCUCCAAGAUUCAAAAGUUUAUACCUUUUUCCAAAUAUCCUCCAUGUAUUAAGGAUAUUUCGUUCUGGUCGAACGACCAGUUCCAUGAGAAUAACUUUUGUGAAAUUGUGCGAGACGUCGCAGGAGACCUUGCCGAAGAUGUUCAGCUGAUUGACCAAUUCGUUCAUCCAAAGACCCAGAGGCGCAGUCUCUGCUACAGAAUCAACUAUCGCUCCAUGGACCGCAAUGUUACCAACACAGAAAUCAAUGAAAUUCAAGACAAGCUUCGUGAAGAGGUUGUCAAUCGUAUGAAGGUUGAGUUACGAUAA